AUGAGUGUGUGGAAGGGAGACGGUGCGAAGGUCGGUGGAACCAGUUUGGCGGGACGGCGCAAGGUGCCGCCGAGUCGGACGGAACGAGAUCCUUUGUUUAAUUUACUGGGACGAAAUCUGGAAGCGAGGGUAGCUAGGGUUUCCAUAACAACACGCGCCCGGUGGUACUUCGGUCCCCGCUCCCCGGGCCCCCCUGCCGUGCCCCUCCCCCCGGCCCCCUCCGUCUCUGUAUCGAUCGCGUCCCUCUUCCCGCGCCACUCCAAAUCAAAUUACACGAGCCGAGCAAGCGGCUGCCGACCGCGUCCCGCACCCCUCGCAACCUCCGCACCCCUCGCACCCCUCGCACCCCUCGCACCCCUCACCGACUCAAUCAACUUUGUAUUGGCGUAA